GGCUCGUUCUUUCUUUCUCCCUUUAGCGGUGAAGGUGCAACAGUAAUCGGUCGUCCCGAGCCCGGGUUCAUCCGACACCCUCACCAACCAAGCUGAACUGAGCUCAACCACCACAGCAGCAACAUGCCUCCCAAAUUCGACCCCAACGAGGUUAAAGUUGUGUUCAUGAGAUGCACAGGAGGAGAGGUCGGCGCCACUUCCGCCCUGGCCCCCAAAAUCGGACCUCUUGGUCUGUCUCCCAAGAAAGUUGGUGACGACAUUGCCAAGGCCACCGGUGACUGGAAGGGCCUGAGGAUCACCGUGAAGCUGACCAUCCAGAACAGACAGGCAGCGAUCGAGGUCGUUCCCUCUGCGUCUGCUCUGAUCAUCAAGGCUCUGAAGGAGCCUCCUCGUGACAGGAAGAAGGUCAAGAACAUCAAGCACAGUGGCAGCGUCACCUUCGAUGAGAUUGUUGCUGUUGCUCGCGUCAUGAGGCCUCGCUCCAUCGCCAGGGAACUCUCUGGAACAAUCAAAGAGAUCCUGGGAACUGCUCAGUCUGUUGGCUGCACCAUCGAUGGACGUCCUCCCCAUGAUGUCAUCGAUGACAUCAACAGCGGCAAAGUCGAGUGUCCAAGCGAGUAAACAGUGGACAUCAAUAAAAUGUUCAGAGAAACUGA